AUGGAUUUGCUGAAAAAGUACAUAGAGGCAGACCCAUACAGGGCCGUCUUUGGGCGCCGAUUGGACCCGUUUCAGAAUUUCGGCAAGAACGACACUUCAUUAAAUGGUUUUCUUCAGUCACUUACCAGUUUAGAAAAGCCACGCAAUGUUAGACCGGGCGUAGACAAGCGGCAAACGAGAAGUGACGCCAAUCAUGCUGGAUUGCAGUACGACCCUAUUAGUGGACGCAUGGUGCCUAUACCACCGCCCACUGUACUUGAAUCCAGCAAGCCGGAAGCAGAAAUCAACUCUCAUAAAGUAGUUGACUGCCCCCCAGGCACUGAAGUCGACGCAAAACUCGCUCACAGCCCCAGUUUGGCCGGGGAUGGACAGUUCCAGCCCGGAAACACGGGACUAAGCCCCGAUGCCCCGUCAAGCACACAGCCAACCAUUGAUUGUCCUCCAGGUAGUGAGCUAGAUGCACACUUUACCUCUACCCUCAACUCCCAGGAUGCGCUGGGCAGGCUUCAAGUUUCUCAGGAAACCAAACGAAAGCCCUCUGUAAACAUCGAUUGCCCUCCUGGAAGAGAAUUUGAAACAUCGUUUGUUUCUGAAUCUAUUCCUUCUGUACAGCCGGACACAUCCAAGGUCAACAGAAACACCAAUAGUCUGAAUUUGGAUACUGGUUUGACUGCGGGCACCAACGUGGAAUGCUCCCCGGGAAGUGAGCUGGAGGCCAAAUUCAUUUGCGAUUCUCCUAGUGGCUCUGUCAAGAGUUCUCCGUCUGGAUUGGAGACACAACCUCCGAACAAACAAAAUGGCAUUUCAAUUGAUUGCCCACCAGGCAACGAGGUGGAUGCAAAGCUUUCUUCUGAUCUCAAUAGUCUCAGAUUUGAGCCUGACGGUCCUGUUCAUCGAACGACUGACACCGCUGCCAUGACAGCUCAAGGAAACUUUGAGUACUCUCCAGGUAGUGAGAUUGAAGCACAUAUUUUAUCAGAGCCAGAGCCAGCCAGCCAGGACAUUACCCAAUCGGAUGCCCAAACCUCUGUUUAUUGUCCUUCUGGGAGCGAGCUAGAGGCCAAGUUUAUCUCCAACGCAGCUUCAGUUGAGGAAAAUCAAUUACAGCCAGAAGUACCCACUGGACUUGAUACAUCCAGGAUAGCCAACAAUGUUGUCGAUUGUACACCGGGGAAUGAAUUGGAGGCAAAAUUCAUUUCUGAUAUGGUGAGUGCUGAGGGUCCCAAUGAGAAUGAGGGCCUGAGCGCCUUGAAUUCUAGUAAAACUCGCUCUCGUUAUGCUCCUUUAGGAUCGAUUCCAAAGGAGCAAGCCAAUCCGCUAGGUUUCGAUGCUUCCGAAGACCGCGUUGGUGACUUCAUUCUCAAAAGCCAGAACCUAGCCACUAAAAAAGGAGAGCAAUCAACAGCCUCCCAAGCCCCUUCCCCUAAAUUCCACGUUCUGGCUUUUGAUACAUCGACGUCGCAUGUCUCAGUUGCACACGCAGACUCAUUCUUCGGUGUCGAUGAAGAUAGUGAUAGUCGACCAAGUGAAAUUCUGUCUCGACUGCAUAACCCUGCCAAAUUCCUGCCCUAUUUCGAGAAGAUGCAAGAAGAUGGUUACGAAAUUGCAACAGGUGGAGGCAACAUCCUUGUCUUCCGAAAGACCCAAAGCACCCCUCGUCACCUCCCCUCGAAUACCGCAAGAGAAGAAGGACCAGCAAUGCACGCCGAAAUCGCCCAACAUCUUCGCCACGACUCAAUGGACUCCGCUGCCACAUACGCCAGAGCCCCCUGGCAAUCCACCAGUGAGCCUCCUUCAGCAACCGAAUCCCCUAGUCCCGAGCCCAAACCAACCACAAAAUCCGAGUCUUCGUUUCGUAAAACAGGUCGCAGAAUGCUCAUCGCAGCUACAGCCACCGCAUCAACGUGUUACGCCAUCGGGGUCAUGACCGAGUUCUUCCGCACCGGCGGAAAUGAUGGGCGGGGAAUUGAUGGGUUCACUGUGUUUGAGUCAGAUCGACGUCGCCGAGAGUAG